UUUGCUAGUCCAUCCAUAUUUCUUCAAAUUACAUGCAUGAUUCAUUAUUUAUAGCAUGUAUCUCUUAUCAAUCAAACACAAGAAGUAUUUUUGUUUUCCAUUUCUCUGUCAGGAACCAUGAAUCGAUCGGCAAAUGUGUUGAUCUUUAUUUCUUUCUUCUUUUUAUCAUUCACCGGAAAUUUAAAUCUCGUUGAUGCCAGUGAUACAGCCUCAGUUAUAUUGAAUUCAGGAAAUUUUGAACAAUUGGUUAUGCAAAGUAAAGACGUUUGGUUUGUCUUGUUCGGAAAUCCCCGGUGUCCAAAUGUUAAACGACUUAGACCUGAGUGGGAAAAAGCUUCAAAGGCUUUGGAAGGAAAGGUCAAGUUUGGUGAAAUUGACUGUGAUGUGGAAAAAGAUAUACAAUCAAGGUUUGGAGUAUUUAGGUUCCCGACUGUUUUUGCAUUUGGUCCAGAUAAAAGUGCAGCUCCCACCAAAAUAACUUUAUAUAUUGAAGGAACUGCAGCCGCACUUGAAAAGGAUGGUGUGAUUGAUCUCAGAAGACAAAAUACAUAUACAAAGUACAAGCUAUGUCUGAUAUUUCAAGAGAUGAGUGUUCCUUCUGCUGCAAACUCUAGAUUAUUACCACUUCCUCAUGAAGAUACAAACUUUUAUGACAGGAGUGCAGAUUGUCCAACAUGGCCUGAUAAGUCGAACUGA